UAAGACAACGUCGCUUCAGGCCGACGUCUGCUGCGCCGAGUGCCGCACCACAUCGGCAUGCUUUGAGGCAAACCGGCUGUCCGGGCUUGCACCCAAUGUAAACUGCCAUCGCCGCAACUCCAUGAUGUCCUGGUGGCAGGCAACCGUGGCGUGUCGCGCAAGUACGACCAGGCUGCUUCAUUUGGGUUGGCAUACACUAUUUUCAGCAUGCUCCGCGCCGCCAUCGUCUUGAUCCUGAGUACCCGUGCUGCUGUGGCCACCGUGUCCACGAUAGCGUACCUUAAUGGAACCUUGAUGGUGACGAUCCAGGGCGCCGAAGUUGGUUCCAAACUGCAGCUAAUGCGGCUCCGUCCCGAGGCCACCGGCUGUGCAGACAGCGUAGGAGCCACCCUCGUCCUUGAGGAGCAGCCCAUUACGGAUAACUACCAGAGCAUGACGUUUCCCGCAGAAAAGUUGCAGGCCGGGAUGUAUUGUGCAAUGGUCCUGUCGCCGAGCGCAAAUUACACGACACUGUGGCCGCAAGAACUCAGGAGUGAACACGAUUUGAGCGGCUUACGCGCAUCUGAAACUCCAGUGCCAUGCAAGAGUUGGAAAGCCACUGUGACUCUGAAGGUUUCAUAUGCUCGGAGCUCCGCUAAGGCAUCGGUGAACGUGCUUGAGAACAAGACGCCACUCUGUGAGCAUUUGCGCGUCAGUCUCUGGAAAACCACCAGGCUUUCACAGUUCCCACGUUGUGCCACCCACGUCAACUACACGAGCGAACAGACAAAAGUGAUUGCCAACCUCUCCGUGGUGGCCCUGUUUGAAAACUUGACGGCGGGGAACUAUUGCGUUCGGGUGACGCCUGUCUGCAGUCAAUCCGAGGACUGCCUCACCCUAACUUCGAAGAUUGUCGAGAUGCCUUCAGGAAAGGUAUCCUACAGUGCUGAGAGAGAUGGGGUGCGCUACCUGCUGUGGCUGCUGCUGCUGUUGUCGCCUCUGGUUCUGGGUGCACUCGUAGCAGCCGUGUUGGCCACUUUCUGGGCUCAACGUCAGUGCAAGGCUCAACAAAGGAAGCCAUGUAAAUUAGAGAUGCCCCUACUCGCGAACAACUUCUCAAAGGACGCCGGAGUCCUGGUGGUGAAGGUGGUGUAUUCGCGCGACAGUGAGCCCCACGUGAAGGCGGUGUCCCAGCUAUGCGAACUGAUCCGGAGGGAGCUGGGCGUGCGGGUCGAGUGGGACGAGGCGGCCGUGGCUGAUGUGCACAUCACUCAUGACUGGGCCAUGUCCAUGGCACAGCUGCCGUGUCCUCACUUCAAUUCCGCUGCCAUGACGACCGCUAUUGCCCCUGUGAAGAUGCUGGUGCUCGAAUCAGACGGCGCCCUGCUCAAGCACCAGGCCUACCAACAGCACAAGGACUUGGGUGAAGUGAGCGAGAGCGCCAUUGACGAGCUGUACCAUACAACGUAUGCGGCGCUGCUGUCCAACCGUGCACAAGCGCUGGGUGACUACUGCCACAUUGCGGUGGCUCGGCUGCCCUACACGACGCUGCCUCAUCGCCUGCACCUGGUGCCCGGCAAGCGAUACGUGCUGCCGCAGCACCUGCGGCAACUGCUCGCGACACUGCUGCGAGGAACGGCGCUGCCGGAUAUCGACGCGGCGCUGUGUUCGGAGGCACACGGCCGCUUCUGCAAGGCCCUCUCGAACGCUGGUGACGCCCACAAGGAGAAUGGCUUCACAGCGAACAGCGUUUGCGGGAAAAUUCAAGUCAUUCUCGACCAAUCGGAAACCAUGCAGUUCUAAAGUUGCCCUACCUACGCUCCUAAAUCCCACGGCACUGAAGGCAGGCACGCAGAAGUACGCAAGGGCAGGAAAGAAAAAAAAAUUGCAAACGCCUUUUCCUUCGUACUAGUUGCGACGUUCACACGCCUGCUUUCGGACAUGAAUUCCUAAAAACUUGCACCCGAUCAACAAACAUAAGACCAUUGUCGUACACUUAAUAUCGUUCCUCAUAAGUUUCAAUGAGUAACUCAGUCACCCCAGGCAGGAAGCUACAGUAUGAACGAUGACUGUGUCUGAAGCGCGAAGCCAUUGGCAUGGACGACAAGAAAUACAAUAAAAUAGCGAAACAAACCAUACGCUCAAGUGAAAUAGCGUACUACAAGUGGUUUCAUAAAGAAAAGACCUAAAGAAUGAAGGAAUUGUGAGCACAAAGGUGCAAUAUUGAAAAUAAAAACACACAAGAAAUACAGGCACCAAAGCAUAAACACCAGUGCAGAGAGGGAAAAUUACCUAAUACUAGAACGCACGUAACUACGCAUAAGAGCAACCAAUGCUUUCAAUAAGUGCAUUAGCAAAAUCGCCGAAUAAAGUAUCAAAUACAAAUCGCGUAGGAUAACAAUAUUGUAUUAAAAACAAAUCCCAAUUUCGUGCGGAAGGCAAAGCUUAUAUUGUGAUAUGCAGUUAGUAAACAGCUAUAAGGAGUAAGGAUACUUUAUCAGCCGUGUAAAUUGGGAAACGUUCGCUGACUAACUGAAUUAACAUGCAUGGUUUCCACCCGCGCAAGCAAGCAUCAACACGUCACACUCGAUGAGCGCGGACAUUCGCUCUCAAAACGCUCGUGUGAGCAAGCACGGCAGCAGCGGGGAGCGAAGUUGUUAGAGUGUUUUAGUUGAGCGUGUUUACGCUCCGCUCAGCAGCUAAGCGGAGCGGAAGCGCGAAUGCGCAUGCGCCGUCCACGUCCACUUAGCCGUAAGCGGGAUAGCGGAGCGAGGAACACGGUCCGCUUAGAAGCUGCCUGAGCGGAGCGUGCUGCGCAGUGCUUUGGCUAGCGUUGGCGUUAGAAAGGAUUGGAUUUGCUGCAGAAAGCAAGUGCGCUGGCUAUCACGUGGCGUUCCCCAAGACGGCGCUUUAUUGUCGAUUGGAUAAAAGGGACCGGUAACGCAUUACAAGCGCACGUCUAGAUACUUCAUGGAGAAAUAAGUUAUAUAUAUACAUAUAUACGUUUUGCUGUAUAAAAGUCAUCAAUAGGUGUU